UGUGAGGAGGGCAGGUUUGUCAGUGGUGAGGGGGUAGAGUACCUAGGUCUCGAGUAUGGGGAGCAUUCUUCCCAGGGUCUGUGUGUGUGAGAGGCAGGAUUCCUGGCUGUCUCUGAUGUGUCCCUCCCUCUGUACCUGAGUGUUUCUGACGGGUGGAGGGUGGAGGUGGCGACCACAUCUCUGGUGUCUGAGUGUCUCAGGUGCCUACCCUGGGCCAUGUGUCUGGAGGAGAGUGUGUCAUCCUUAGGAGUUCCUUCUCUAGACAUGCUCCCUGAGGUGGGCUCCGUGUGGCUGCUGCGGCUGCUCCGGGACAUCCAGCUGGCCCAAUUUUACCGACCCAUCCUUGAGGAGCUUAAUGUUACUCGGCCAGAACACUUUGACUUUGUGAGACCUGAGGACCUGGAUGGCAUUGGCAUGGGCCGGCCUGCUCAGCGCAGACUGGCUGAAGCUCUGAAGAAGCACCGUUCAGGGCUCAAGUCUAAAAACUGGGUCUACAAGAUCCUUGGGGGUUUUGCCCCUGAGCAGAAGGAGACCAUCCCACUCUCAGACAACACUUCGUCCCUCCCUGAGCCAGAGGGAGGGCUCAAGUGUCUGAUCCCAGACGGUGCUGUGUGCAGAGGGGAGCUGCUGGGCUCCGGCUGCUUUGGUGUGGUGCACCGAGGGCUGUGGACACUGCCCAGUGGCCAGAGCAUCCCAGUGGCUGUCAAGUCCCUGCGGGUGGGUCCAGAAGGCCCCAUGGGCACAGAGCUGGGGGACUUCCUUCGAGAGGUGUCCGUCAUGAUGAACUUGGAGCACCCACACGUGCUGCGCCUGCACGGCCUCGUCCUGGGCCAGCCUCUGCAGAUGGUGAUGGAGCUGGCGCCACUGGGCUCCCUGCACGCACGCCUGACCGCCCCAGCCCCUAUGCCCCUGCUGCCAGUGGCCCUGCUCUGCCUCUUCCUGCGGCAGUUGGCGGGGGCCAUGGCGUACCUGGGGGCCCGCGGGCUGGUGCACCGAGACCUCGCUACGCGCAACCUGCUGCUGGCUUCACCGCGAAUAAUCAAGGUGGCCGACUUCGGGCUGGUGCGGCCGCUGAGUGGUGCCCGUGGCCGCUACGUCAUGGGCGGACCCCGGCCCAUCCCCUAUGCCUGGUGUGCUCCAGAGAGCCUGCGCCAGGGGGCCUUCUCUUCUGCCUCGGAUGUGUGGAUGUUUGGGGUGACGCUGUGGGAGAUGUUCUCUGGGGGUGAGGAGCCCUGGGCCGGGGUCCCGCCAUACCUCAUCCUGCAGAAGCUGGAGAAGGACCGAGCCCGGCUGCCUAGGCCUCCCCUCUGUUCCAGGGCCCUCUACGCGCUCGCCUUGCGCUGCUGGGCCCUCCACCCUGCUGACCGGCCUAGCUUUUCCCACCUGGAGGGGCUGCUCCAAGAGGCCUGGCCUCCUGAGGGACGUUGUGUGAGGGAUGUCACAGAGCCAGGCGCCCUGAGAAUGGAGCCUGGGGACUCCAUCACUGUCAUCGAGGGCAGCCCCGACUCUGCAACAUGGAAGGGCCAGAACGGUCGCACAUUCAAAGUGGGCAGCUUCCCAGCCUCAGCAGUGAUGCUGGCAGAUGUGGGGGGCUCGCCAGCCACCCGUCCAGUCCACAGAGGCUCCCCUGCCCGGGGAGAGCGACACCAGGGAAACACAGACGGGGACAGGGCGAAGGCAAAGCUUCGGGAUCCACCUCGAGCCCGGGGCCAGAGAAGGAACGUGCCCCUGCAGGCGACGAAAGGCAUUUCCAAGAGUCUGGAAUCGGUUCUGUCCCUGGGCCCCCGCCCCACUGGGGGUGGUGCAAGCCCCCCUGAACUUCGACAUGCCAGAGCUGUGCCCCAGGGACCUCCAGGCCUGCCACCCCGCCCUCCCUUUGCCUCAAGCUCUUCUUCUCAGCCCAGCCAGUCCCCCAGGGAGCGGCCUCCCUGGCCCAAAAGAGAACCCCCACACAGUCACCCCAUGGGAGCGCCAGGAGCCAGCAAAGCUACUGCCCCCUCUGGAGGCCUCUCGCCUGACUCCGAGUUGCAGAGGAGGAUUAUGGAGAUGGAGCUGAGCGUGCAUGGAGUCACCCACCAGGAGUGCCAGGCAGCACUGAGGGCCACUGGGGGAGAUGUGGUUUCUGCCAUCCGGAACCUCAAGGUGGACCAGCUCUUCCACCUGAGUAGCCGAUCCAGAGCCGACUGCCGGCGCAUCCUCGAGCACUACCAGUGGGACCUCUCAGCUGCCAGUCGCUAUGUCCUGGCCCGGCCCUGAGCUCUACUCCCUUGGGCAUGGACAUCAGCAUGACCCAGGGCCUGGCCACUUGGGACCAAGCAGAACCAGAACAAAGUCCUGUCGGAGCAGACUUUCCCACCAGGGGACAUCUUGCUGUAGGCGGCACAGGAGGAGCCCAGGGCCAGGCACUGACAAGUGUCUCCUCCUACCCUGCCCCUUGGCCUCUGAGGGCUCAAGCUCCCUUGGCCGGGUCAUAGAAGGAUCUUAUCUACCCUGCCCACCACAUUCCCAACCAAGAGGAAGACUCGGAGGAACAGAGCUGCUACACAUCAUACCCACAGGAAACUUCUACUUGCUACAGAGAGUGAUCCAGUGGCCAUACUGGACCAUGGGAACAGCCAUCCUGAACUGCCGUCAGCUGCCACACUGCACUUUGGGAGCAGCUAUCUUGGAUGAUGGAAGCCUUACUGACUUGGGGCACAUGGCCCAAACUGCCUUGGCUUGGUCCGGGGCCAUCAUGGGUGAUGAAAGUUGCUCUCUUGGACUCAAAGACACUUGGUCCUGGCAGCAUGGAUUAUGAGAUGGGCCAGCACCCCCCAGCCCAGCUGUCAUAUUUCCCUUUGUUUCUUUCUACACCAAAUCUUUUUUCUACCCUCUCCCAUUACAUACGUUUUCCAGUGUCCAAAAAGUUACAAAGUUUAUAUGAAUAUAACAUACAAA